AUGGUGCGCCCUGCGGUCCCCGCAGGUGGCAAGCACAAUGAGCGACAUCCAGCCCUCGCUGCUCCACCGCGACGUGCUGAGCGCGGCCCAGGAGGUGCUCUACCACCCAGACAUCUCCUUCAGCAACCAACUGCAGAACGCGCCACUGCUCAUCGAGGACAAGGGCCCCGUGGAGCUGCCAGAGGAGUUCGCGGUCCAGGUCCCCAAGGAUCACAGAUUGCAGCCCAAGCUUUCAGCCGUGCCCCAAUCCCUAUGGCUGUGGUUCGCAGAGAGCUGUCCUGUGAGAGCUACCCCAUAGAGCUUCGCUGUCCAGGAACAGACGUCAUCAUGAUUGAAAGUGCCAACUAUGGGAGGACUGAUGACAAAAUUUGUGACUCAGACCCUGCUCAAAUGGAGAAUAUACGAUGCUAUCUGCCAGAUGCCUAUAAGAUUAUGUCUCAAAGAUGUAAUAACAGAACCCAGUGUGCAGUGGUGGCAGGUCCUGAUGUUUUUCCGGAUCCAUGUCCAGGAACUUAUAAAUACCUCGAAGUACAGUAUGAAUGUGUCCCUUACAAAGUGGAACAAAAAGUUUUUCUUUGUCCUGGACUACUAAAAGGAGUAUACCAGAGUGAACAUCUGUUUGAGUCUGACCACCAAUCUGGGGCAUGGUGCAAAGACCCUCUGCAGGCUUCUGACAAGAUAUACUAUAUGCCCUGGACCCCCUACAGGACUGAUACCCUGACUGAAUACUCAUCCAAGGAUGACUUCAUUGCUGGAAGGCCAACUACAACCUACAAGCUCCCUCACAGGGUGGAUGGCACAGGAUUUGUAGUGUAUGAUGGAGCAUUGUUCUUCAACAAAGAACGCACCAGAAACAUAGUAAAGUUUGACUUGCGGACUAGAAUAAAGAGUGGGGAAGCUAUCAUAGCAAAUGCCAAUUACCAUGAUACAUCCCCUUACCGAUGGGGAGGCAAAUCUGACAUAGACCUGGCAGUGGAUGAGAACGGGCUAUGGGUAAUCUAUGCAACAGAACAAAACAAUGGCAAAAUUGUUAUUAGCCAACUGAACCCUUAUACCCUACGGAUCGAAGGGACAUGGGAUACUGCAUAUGAUAAAAGGUCAGCUUCCAACGCAUUUAUGAUUUGUGGGAUUCUGUAUGUGGUCAAAUCUGUAUAUGAGGAUGAUGACAAUGAGGCCACAGGGAAUAAGAUUGACUACAUUUACAACACCGACCAAAGUAAAGAUAGCUUGGUGGAUGUACCCUUUCCCAAUUCAUACCAGUACAUCGCAGCUGUGGAUUACAACCCCAGGGACAACCUACUUUACGUCUGGAACAACUACCACGUCGUGAAAUAUUCGUUGGAUUUUGGACCUCUGGAUAGUAGAUCAGGGCAGGCGCAUCACGGACAGGUAUCCUACAUCUCUCCACCAAUUCACCUUGACUCUGAACUAGAAAGACCUCCUAUGAGAGAAAUCUCUACCACAGGAUCUCUUGGCCCGGGAAGCACCACCACCAGUACAACACUUCGAACCACAACCUGGAGCCCUGGAAGGAGUACCACCCCAUCGGUGUCAGGAAGAAAAAACAGGAGUACCAGCACCCCAUCUCCAGCUAUUGAGGUGCUUGAUGACAUUACCACACACCUUCCAUCAGCAUCAUCCCAAAUCCCAGCUCUUGAAGAGAGCUGUGAGGCUGUGGAAGCCCGAGAAAUCAUGUGGUUUAAGACCCGCCAAGGACAGAUGGCAAAGCAGCCAUGUCCUGCAGGAACUAUAGGUGUAUCAACUUAUUUAUGCCUCGCUCCUGAUGGAAUUUGGGAUCCCCAAGGACCAGAUCUCAGCAACUGUUCUUCUCCUUGGGUCAAUCAUAUAACACAGAAGUUGAAAUCUGGAGAGACAGCUGCCAACAUUGCUAGAGAACUUGCUGAACAGACAAGAAAUCAUUUGAAUGCCGGGGACAUCACCUACUCAGUCCGUGCCAUGGAUCAGCUAGUCGGCCUCCUAGAUGUACAGCUCCGGAACUUGACCCCAGGAGGAAAAGACAGUGCUGCACGCAGUUUGAAUAAGCUUCAGAAAAGAGAGCGCUCUUGCAGAGCCUAUGUCCAGGCAAUGGUCGAGACAGUUAACAACCUCCUCCAACCACAAGCUUUGAAUGCGUGGAGAGACCUGACUACAAGUGAUCAACUACGUGCAGCCACCAUGUUGCUUGACACUGUGGAGGAAAGUGCUUUUGUGCUGGCUGAUAACCUUUUGAAGACAGACAUUGUCAGGGAAAACACAGACAAUAUUCAAUUGGAAGUUGCAAGGCUGAGCACAGAAGGAAAUUUGGAAGACCUAAAAUUUCCAGAAAACACAGGCCAUGGAAGCACUGUCCAGCUUUCUGCAAAUACUUUAAAACAAAAUGGCCGAAAUGGAGAGAUCAGAGUGGCUUUUGUCCUAUAUAACAACUUGGGCCCUUAUUUGUCCACGGAGAAUGCCAGUAUGAAGUUGGGAACUGAGGCUAUGUCUACAAAUCAUUCUGUUAUCGUCAAUUCCCCUGUUAUUACAGCAGCAAUAAACAAGGAGUUCAGUAAUAAAGUUUAUUUGGCAGAUCCUGUGGUGUUUACUGUUAAGCAUAUCAAGCAGUCAGAGGAAAAUUUCAACCCUAACUGUUCAUUCUGGAGCUAUUCCAAGCGCACAAUGACAGGUUAUUGGUCAACACAAGGCUGUCGGCUCCUGACAACAAAUAAGACACAUACCACAUGCUCUUGUAACCACCUAACCAAUUUUGCUGUAUUGAUGGCACAUGUGGAAGUAAAGCACAGCGAUGCCGUCCAUGACCUUCUUCUGGAUGUGAUCACAUGGGUUGGAAUUUUGCUGUCCCUUGUUUGUCUGCUGAUAUGCAUCUUCACAUUUUGUUUUUUCCGUGGGCUCCAGAGUGACCGUAACACCAUACACAAGAACCUCUGCGUCAGCCUCUUUGUAGCAGAGCUCCUUUUCCUGAUAGGGAUCAACCGAACUGACCAACCAAUUGCCUGUGCGGUUUUUGCUGCCCUCUUACAUUUCUUCUUCUUGGCUGCUUUCACGUGGAUGUUCCUGGAGGGAGUGCAGCUCUAUAUCAUGCUGGUGGAGGUUUUUGAGAGUGAACAUUCACGUAGGAAAUACUUUUAUCUGGUUGGCUACGGAAUGCCUGCACUCAUUGUAGCUGUGUCAGCUGCAGUAGACUACAGGAGUUAUGGAACAGAUAAAGUAUGUUGGCUCCGACUUGACACCUAUUUCAUUUGGAGUUUUAUAGGACCAGCGACCUUGAUAAUUAUGCUUAAUGUAAUCUUCCUUGGGAUUGCUUUAUAUAAAAUGUUUCAUCAUACUGCCAUACUGAAACCUGAAUCAGGCUGUCUUGAUAAUAUCAACUAUGAGGAUAACAGACCCUUCAUCAAGUCAUGGGUUAUAGGUGCAAUAGCUCUUCUCUGCCUGUUAGGAUUGACCUGGGCCUUUGGACUCAUGUAUAUUAAUGAAAGCACAGUCAUCAUGGCGUAUCUCUUCACCAUUUUCAAUUCUCUACAGGGAAUGUUUAUAUUCAUUUUCCAUUGUGUCCUACAGAAGAAGGUACGAAAAGAAUACGGGAAAUGCCUGCGAACACAUUGCUGUAGUGGCAAAAGUACAGAGAGUUCCAUUGGCUCAGGGAAAACAUCUGGUUCUCGAACUCCUGGACGCUAUUCCACAGGCUCACAGAGCCGAAUUCGUAGAAUGUGGAAUGACACGGUCCGAAAGCAGUCAGAGUCUUCCUUUAUUACUGGAGAUAUAAACAGUUCGGCAUCACUCAACAGAGGAGCCAUGGCUAAUCAUCUUAUAAGCAAUGCUCUGCUUCGUCCGCAUGGUACUAACAAUCCCUAUAAUACAUUGCUUGGGGAACCGGCGGUCUGUAACAACCCUUCUGUCAGCAUGUACAACGCACAAGAGCCCUACAGAGAGACAAGUAUGGGAGUAAAGCUAAACAUUGCAUAUCAAAUAGGGGCUUCUGAACAAUGCCAGGGAUACAAGUGUCAUGGAUACUCUACCACUGAAUGGUAACCAUGGCAAUAGUUACAGCAUUGCCAGCGGCGAAUACCUGAGCAACUGUGUGCAAAUAAUAGACCGUGGCUAUAACCAUAACGAGACCGCCCUAGAGA